AUGGCAAGCCAAGCAUGCUGUAAUAUUCCUCCGAAGGGAGAGCCAGCCGUUCUAUCUGAAGAUCAAAUUGAUCAAGUGGCAGGAAUCAAUCUCUACGUUUUUGGUGAUCGGAAUGCCAAGCGAGGCGUGGUGCUUGUUUAUGACAUAUUUGGACUCUAUCAACAGACCAAGCAAGGAGCUGCGCUUCUUGCAAAGGAACUGGACUGUCUGGUUAUUAUCCCUGACUUUUUCAAUGGAGAAGGAGCGAACUUAGAGUGGAUAGGAAUGGACACUCCCGAAAAAAAGAGCAAAAUGAUGGGAUUCUUUGCAGAGAAGGCAAGUCCUGAAAAGAAUCUGGCCACCCUCCUCUCAGUCACGGAGGAAGCCAAGAACCUCUAUACCAGCAUUGAAAACUGGGCCGUUUUCGGACUAUGCUGGGGUGGAAAGCUUGCUGCAUUGGCUUCCACUGGUCAGACCCCGUUUGUUGCCUCUGGUCAAUCCCAUCCUGCAUUUCUCGACGUAGCAGACGCCAAAGGGAUGACCAUCCCGCACAUUUGCCUGGUUUCUCCCGAUGAGCCUGCAGACAUUUUAAAACCGUAUGAGGAAGCCCUGCCUCCCCACUCCGAAUUUGAGCUAUAUGGUACGAUGUUCCACGGAUGGAUGGGCGCACGAGCAAACCUGGAAAGCGAGGAGAAUAUAUAA